AUGCCAAGGUCAAUUGCAGUCAUUGCCGGCGCAGGGCCGGGAACCGGCAGCGCCAUUGCCCUACGGUUCGCCAAGGCCUACCCAGUUGUAUUACUUGCUCGAUCGCAAUCGUCCCUUGACCCUCUGGUUUCUGAUAUCACGCAAAGUGGUGGCUCUGUAAUGAGCCUCCCUACAGAUGUCAGCAACUCUUCAAGCAUGACCUCGACAAUGGACCAAAUCAAGGCCAAAUUUGGUCCUGAUCUGACAAUUGCUGCCGCUAUUUACAACGUGGCGAGCAAGUUCACGAGGAAACCCUUCCUGGAACAAAGCCAGGAAGACUUCCUCGGGAGCCUUGAGCCAUCUAUCAAGGGUGCUUUUAACUUCGCUCAGGCUACACUACCCCUGAUGCUCAGUCCCAACGAGGGACAGUCUCCGCCCACUCUCAUUUUCACCGGCGCAACAGCUGCACUUAAAGGAGGCUCCGGGCUUUCUGGGUUUGCCAUGAGCAAAUUUGGCAUCCGUGCUAUGUCCCAGUCUCUUGCCCGUGAAUUCGGCCCGAAGGGUGUUCAUGUCUCGCACGCAAUCAUUGAUGGCAUCAUUGAUACAGAGAAGACCAAAGAUUAUCUUAAGGAUAUUCCUGAUGGAAAAAUCGAUCCUGAAUGGAUUGCGGAAUCUUACUGGUUUUUGCACACCCAGCCCAGGAGUUCGUUUACUCACGAGAUUGAUCUCCGACCGUAUUCAGAGACUUGGUGA